CGUCACCAAGGCCGAGGAGGAGUCGUUAACAGCGGCGCCUUGGCGGAAAGAUGGCGGCGGCCAUAGAGUGACCGGACAGCGGAGGCUCCGGGAUCCCGCUGCGGCCCGGAGAGGGAACGAUGAAGUGAUGGAUCAUGAUGCUCCGACCAUCAGGCCCCGCAGAAUCCAGAACCAGAACGUCAUCCACCGCCUCGAGCGCCGAAGGAUCAGCUCUGGUAAGGCCGGCACCCAUUGGCACCAAGUCCGGGUCUUCCACCAGAAUGUCUUCCCCAACUUUACUGUGGUCAACGUUGAGAAGCCGCCUUGCUUCCUGCGCAAGUUCUCCCCCGAUGGGCGCUACUUUAUCGCUUUCUCCUCGGACCAGACCUCCCUGGAGAUCUAUGAGUAUCAGGGCUGCCAAGCAGCAGAGGAUCUUCUGCAGGGUUAUGAGGGAGAGAUCUUGGCCAAUGGCAACGACCAAAGAUCUGUCAACAUCCGUGGGCGGCUCUUUGAACGUUUCUUCGUCUUGCUUCAUAUCACCAACGUGGCCUCCAAUGGUGAGCACUUGAACCGCGAGUGCAGUUUGUUCACAGAUGACUGUCGCUAUGUAAUUGUUGGCUCUGCUGCCUACCUGCCUGAGGAACCUCACCCCCCAUUUUUUGAGGUUUAUCGCAACAGUGAGUCAGUGACCCCUAAUCCCAGGUCCCCCUUGGAAGACUAUUCUCUGCAUAUCAUAGAUCUUCACACAGGUAGACUGUGUGACACAAGGACAUUCAAAUGUGACAAAGUCAUCUUGUCUCACAACCAGGGCCUAUACCUGUAUAAGAAUAUCUUGGCUAUUCUCUCUGUGCAGCAGCAGACUAUUCAUGUCUUUCAAGUGACACCUGAGGGCACAUUCAUUGAUGUACGGACUAUAGGUCGCUUCUGCUAUGAGGAUGAUCUCCUGACCCUGUCCGCUGUCUAUCCAGAAGUGCAGCGAGACACUCAGACAGGGAUGGCAAACCCGUACAAAGAGCCCUUCAUAAAUUCUCUGAAACACAGACUGUUGGUGUACCUGUGGAGGAGGGCAGAGCAGGAUGGGAGUGCAAUGGCAAAAAGGAGGUUCUUCCAGUACUUUGACCAGUUGAGGCAGCUGCGCAUGUGGAAAAUGCAGCUGUUGGAUGAGAGCCAUCUGUUUAUUAAAUACACCAGUGAAGAUGUGGUCACAUUGCGGGUGACAGACCCUUCGCAGCCUUCGUUCUUUGUUGUGUACAACAUGGUGACCACAGAGGUUAUUGCUGUGUUCGAGAACACUUCAGAUGAGCUACUGGAGCUCUUUGAGAACUUCUGUGACCUCUUCAGGAAUGCCACCCUGCACAGCGAGGCUGUCCAAUUUCCCUGCUCAGCUUCCAGUAACAACUUUGCCAGACAGAUCCAGCGCCGGUUUAAGGACACUAUUGUGAAUGCAAAGUAUGGAGGGCACACAGAGGCUGUGCGAAGGCUGCUAGGUCAGCUCCCAAUCAGCGCUCAGUCUUACAGCGGCAGCCCUUACCUUGACCUCUCCCUCUUCAGUUAUGAUGACAAGUGGGUGUCAGUCAUGGAACGGCCAAAGACGUGUGGAGAUCACCCCAUCAGAUUUUAUGCCCGAGAUUCUGGCCUUCUGAAGUUUGAAAUCCAAGCAGGACUCUUGGGCCGACCCAUCAAUCACACAGUACGACGCCUGGUUGCAUUCACCUUUCACCCCUUUGAGCCCUUUGCCAUCUCGGUGCAGCGGACUAAUGCAGAAUAUGUUGUUAAUUUCCACAUGAGGCACAGCUGCACAUAGUACAAUACUGGGCUGGGGCAGCUGUUGCCAUUGUGAACACACCAAAGCCGGACACUCAUGCCUUCUAGGAAACCAAACCAUUGGUCACCGAAGGAACUUGACCUGGAAGCCCUACCAACCAGCAUUGUUCCCCAGCAUCUGCAGCUGGCACUCGUAAGCCAUUGGAAGAGAAUCCCGUUAUGCUUCUGAAGAAGCCAUCUUAAUUGGAGAUUAGUCUUGUGACCUUUUCUUUCUAUAGAUACCAUCCAGUUCAUAUUGCCAAAGCCCCUUGUUGCAUUAAACCCUGUCUUUUCCCACACCUGUUGGUGAACAAAAUGUAGCCGAGAAACCUUGCCUGUUUCCCCAAGGAGUGUCGUCUUUUCUCUUGCUUUAUCUGUUUUUGUGAUAGGAAAGACAGAGUUCUCAAACACUCCUCCUAUACCGGCGCCCUUCUACUUAGUCAAGACAAGUAGCCCAUCUUACAGAGUGAGAAUUGAAGCCACGGUGGUGGGGUUUUUUUAUUUGUACCUUCACUGUUAUGAGGAAACUAAACUAGCUCUUGUGAUUCACACAGUGCACUCAAGGCAUUAGGGGAGAAAGGUCUCUGUUAGUGGGGUGGUCUAGUAGUUAGAGCAGGUCACUGGAAUCAGGGGAGAUUUCUGUUCCUGACUCUCAUGCAAGUCACUUAAUCUUUGUGCCUUAAUUUCCAACCGUAGAAUGAGGAUGUGACCUUCUGAAAAGCACUUUGAGCCCCUCAGAUGAAAGGUGGCAGGUACCAAGGAAGGGAAGCCAGAACAGCUGACUGCAUGCCUAAUGAGUGAGCUAGUGUGUAGGGUGGGAAGAUGGGUAGCUAGCAGCAGGAAUGCAUGAGAGAGGCUUAGGGAAAAGAGCUGCAUGGACCGAGAAUGUGUCCCCAGGAGUAGGUGUCGUCCUCUUCCCUCACCCUGCUUCCACUGACAACGGUGAGAGGGAGCCAGCCCCAGUCUCUGGUGCAUGCCAGGUACAUGAAUGUGGAGAAUGUCUGUCUGACUUGUGGAAUCCUUGUCUUUCCCAUGGCUACUAUGUGAUUGCUCAGACUGUAAGGUUAUAGUCACCAGGAGAUAACGGGGUUGACCUGAGAGAGCUGAUUUCAGAGUGUCUGCGUCUGUUUGGCACUGGAAUGUCACAUGCUUGCCUUUCCCCUGAAGUUAGAGGACAGCUAGGCUGGAUUUUGCACUGGGAGAAGGGGAGACUUGUGUAUUACUGGGAGCUUGUAGCUGAAGGUCUGACUUUGCUGACUUACUGCUGCCUGUCCUCUCCUGCUUCACACCCUAUUCUUUAUGAGAACUGGGGAUGAGGUGGCAAGGGGUGCCAAUGGGUGACUGCCUGGGAUUGAAGCACAGCUUGCUGGUAUAUCGCUGUACACUUGAAGCAAGAUUGACUUCUACGUUGUCUGAGAUGUCUGCAAAAUGAGCUGCUAGACUUGAAUCCAGAAGAUGUGCACCUAAAUGCCUCUGGGUCUGAGCUUGUGCAGGCUUAUAUAAAUGCUGGCCCUACUUUGAUCUGAAGAUCACUUAAUUGUUGGCUGCAUUUGUACUACAAGGUAGCACAUGGGCUUUCUCAAAACCUGUGCAUACCAAAAUGUGCAUGUUGCUAGAGAGUGUUGUCAUCUUAGGCAAACAAGGCUGGUUAAAGGUGCUGUAUUGACACUGGAAACUGCUGUUUUUUGAUGCACAUGAUGGGCCAUGACAGGGCACUGUCCUUGAGGGCACCCCCCCUCGAAGGAAAGCCCUUCAGACUAAAAGCCCAUUCGUAUCUGCUGAAGGUAUUAAAAAGGGGGCCAAUUGUGAGUAAUAUGUUGUGGCCACUUGUCUGCUCAGAAAAUCCUGAGUCACAAGCUCAUCUCAGACAUCACUGAAUAGCUAUCAGAUAAUCUUAUUUUUGUCACUAUUGACCUGGGCAGGGUUUGGAUACCUCACCUAGAUGUGACAAGCUCCACAUCCCAUCCUGGAUUCCUUGAGCCAUCUUGUCCUUUGGAUGUUUACAGCCCUCAAUGUAGUUCUUUUGCUCUAUCUUCCUUUCUUCUGUCCUCCCAAACACAGCCCCAUCACAACGCUAUACAGCAGUUUUUGUAUAAGGAUCUCAAAGCACUCUUACAAAAGUAUUGCUGCCAUUUUGCAGAUGAUGAAAUUGAGAGUCAAAUGAUAUAAUUCAUAUGACCUUGUGUAAACUGAGUGUAGAAUUGACUUCCAGUUCUAACCAGUAGCCCAUCUGCAUCUGUGCAGGAUUGCUCAGGGCUUUCAAAGCCUGGCUGUGGAAAAUGUAGUCCUAGGACAAGAAUACAUAUUUCUUUGUCUUCUUUCCCAGGGUAUUUGUGCUGAUGGGAAGUUUCUCAGGGCUGUAACAAAUGAUUUCAGGUUGGGAGGCCACUUGCUGGGGGAGGUGUCAGGACAUGCAUGCAGUAGUGCCUCAUUCCUCUCCAGCUCAGAACACUAUUUUCUUUCACCUACAACCUGUUUCUCAAACUCUUUCUAUUAAAGCUCCGAGCAGGGAGUCUUCGCACAUUGUCUCCUUGAUAAAAUGCACUGCAGUUGAUAGAUAACUGAGCUAUCUGCUUUCUCUCUCACCAAAAGUUCACUCUUCAUUACCCUUUUCCAUUGUUAAUGUAUCUUUCUGUCUUUCCCAGAAGUUCUCAGCAGUUCCCAUUAACUCCUUGAUGCCACAAGCUAGUGGUCCCUCUCCCUGGAUCUCCAGAUGGGGUGGAGCAGUGCCUCAAAAUAGCUCCGCUUUCUGUUGAUAUCAUUUCCUUUAAGUGGUAUAAGUCAGUGGUUCUCAAACUUGGGCUGCCGCUUGUUCAGGGAAAGCCCCUGGCAGGCCCGGCCGGUUUGUUUACCUGCCGUGUCCCUUGGCCUGCACCGUUUCCUGUAGCCCUCAUUGGCCUUUAGCAGCAAACUGUGGCCAGUGGGAGCCACGAUCAGCCGAACGAAACAGCCCGGCCCGGCCCACCAGGGGCUGUCCCUGAAUGAGCGGCAGUCCUAAUUUGAGAACCACUGGUAUAAGUAACAACCAUAUUAACAGCUCUGCCACUAAAUUGUGUAAUCUUAGGCAAGUCACUUCCUCUUCCCCUGCCUCAGUUUCCUUAUCUGUAAAAGGAGGUGAUGUGGACUCACGUUUGUAAAGCACUUUCAGUUCUGUGAGUGAAAAGUACCAGAUAAGUGCUAAAUAUUGUUUUAAUGUUUUUUCUGGAGGCACAGAUGUAUGGUUGUGAGGGGUAUGAACUGCAUUAGUGCAGCACUGUAGUGCUGCUACAUUUUGUAUCUACAGUGAAGGAUUCAUGUUACCACAGGAGUGUGUUGAAAGAAAAGCCUGUCUCAUUCUCAUGCUUGACAUUUUGAUUUUUUUAUUUAAGAAACAAGAAGUGUGGGAGUAGGGGCAGGACAUAUAUUUUCUACCUAAUAUUUUUACUAGGUUAGGAUGAGAACUGUUAAGCAACGCAAGAUAAAUACCAGAAUAAACAAGAACUUGUUUCAUGAGUCUGACUUGUAUCCUCUUUCCAAGAUCUCCUAUCAGAUAUCAGUGGUAACUCAAAUCCUUUCAUUAAUAAAAAACAGGGUGCAUUUGUCUUGAGGAGUCAUGACCUAUAUGUGUAGGAGGGUCUGCAUAAAGUCUAGGGUAUUAAUUCAUUGUGCUGAAGUUUCACCUUAAAGCAGUUAAGAUGCUCCUAUGGACUCAUAUGUAUGGACAAUAGUGUGAGUUAAUGGCAAAGGUGGGACGCACUCCUCUCUCCCACUUCGGUGUUCAAGUUGCCAGCCACACUUGUGAACAUAGACUUUUUCCUUCUGCCUGUCCCUAGGGCCUCAUCCUAUGGCUAUUUUAUCUACUGUCCCUGAGACAUUAACAUGAAAGUUAAGCCAAACUGGGUGGCUUUGCAGGGCUGUCACCAACACUUUUUAGUGUGGGUCAAAAAUACUGGUGGGUUUUGUUUUGAUUUAUGCAUUUUUUUUACUGCAUGGUCCUCCCAGGUGGAAUGUGCCUCCGCUAGCUUGAACAGUGGCUGCCAGUGCCCAAAUGGGCCCGAUCUGAGGCUCCACACCUUUGGAUUUCUCACUGCUCUGCUGCACUGGGUACUCAACAGCAACAGUGUGGUGUGCACCUCCAUACUCAAUCUCAAGCAGGAGAGCACCGGAGAGGCCAAUAUCUUCACUUCCUGAGCCCUCUCCCUCUACUGUGUGUAGGGUUCUUUAUUCUAUGGCUUCUCUUGAGCUUUGUGUCAGAAUGACCCCACAGAAGCCCUUUAGCACUGAGCACUCCUCAGUUCAGUUCUGAACUAACUGGCAGGGAAACUCAUGCCUUGAAAAGACAGUGUGUUGGUUAACAAUGGAUCUACUUUAUGCUUUCUGUGACUUCAGCCAUCUUUGAUCUGGCAGACAAUCAAAAUAAGACUGGGUCAGUUGUGUGAGGAUUAUAUAUAGCCGUAUUAAGUGACAAGCUACAGAAAUCAUUGUGGGCUCAAAAAUGCAACCUUCUGUACAUCUGUGUAUUCAUCUAAAGGUAGAUCCCUUCUCAAGUCUCCUUUCAGUUAACCUUCAAGCAGUGACUUCCUUUGCACCAUUUCUGCCCUCUUCCUUGGCUUUGUUCCCUUGCAGUCCCAGUGUAAUUAUGGGAGCGGCCCUUUAUUCACAUGCGCCAGAGUAUCUGGUAGGCUUGUUUAGGACUUUUCUGACACGGGGAGAAAAAACAGGUUUGUGACUUUCUGCAACUUUUUUACGGUCUUUCCUGUCUCUCUUCUCCCACCACACUCCCUUCUAUGGGAACCAUUUCAUCCGUGGGGAAAAGGGGAUGAAGUCACUGAGGUCUAGUGAAACCUGGUUUGCUUCUGCUAUGUUUUUUUAUUUAGAAGAGUGACUGUAGAAGACAUUUUGUAAUCAAUAAAUCAUGUCCCAGG